CAGGAAAGAGCUGGCUGGUUCUUGGAUCGUGACCGCCUCACUCUUUUUAAUCUGCAGAUUUUGUGCCCCAAGAAGUGCCAAGCUCGUGAGCUGUUAAAAGAUCUGUUCUUUCUGCGUUUCCCGCUAAUGGCGAAACUUCAGUCUCGCGCCGGCUUAGUUUUCCCCUGAAGAUAUCAACGCGGCAUAGCCUCGGUUUGAAAUCGACGGGGUGACGGGAACAGAGAAGAAAGGGAAGAUGGGGGGCUUUUCAAUGGGUUCAGCUUUCAAUUCCAGGUCGGGGCUACUGAUAAUGGUGGCACUUAUGUUAAUGGCGGGCUCUUUCUACUUUGGUACUCUUUUGGGAAACAAUGCGUCAAUUUAUGUCUCUCAGCUCACCUCCAAUUCCUCUUCCUCCUCGUCUAUCUCUGUCCCUGGAAGCUCCACGUUUACUAACAAAGUUGCUCUUACUUACCGAGAAACGCCAUUGACGAUUCCAGAAAGUGGGGUGAAUGUGUGCCCACUGAAGUUCAACGAGUACAUACCAUGCCAUGACAUUGCCUAUGUUCAUACUUUGCUCCGAAGCUUGAAUGUUUCGAGAAGAGAGGAACUUGAACGACAUUGUCCUCCACCUGAGAAGCGGUUAUUCUGCUUAGUACCACCGCCAGAAGACUAUAGGUUACCUAUAAAAUGGCCAAUCAGCCGAGAUUAUGUAUGGCGAAGCAAUGUGAAUCAUACUCAUCUCGCUGAGGUGAAAGGAGGACAGAAUUGGGUUCAUGAGAAGGAUCAGCUCUGGUGGUUCCCUGGUGGAGGCACUCAUUUCAAGCAUGGUGCACCUGAGUAUAUACAGAGGUUAGGAAAUCUGACAACUAAUGAAACGGGUGAUCUAUGUUCAGCUGGAGUUUUCCAAGUUCUUGAUGUUGGCUGUGGUGUUGCCAGCUUCUCGGCUUAUCUCCUCCCUCUAGAUAUUCAUACCAUGUCAUUUGCACCCAAAGAUGGUCAUGAGAAUCAGAUUCAAUUCGCUCUAGAGAGAGGAAUUGGUGCCAUGAUAUCUGCCAUAGCUACAAAGCAACUGCCCUAUCCACCUAAUUCUUUCGAGAUGGUUCAUUGUUCGAGAUGCCGUGUAGAUUGGCAUGAGAAUGAUGGCAUUUUACUCAAAGAAGUUAAUCGUAUUCUGCGCUACAAUGGAUACUUCAUCUAUUCCGCUCCACCUGCAUACAGAAAGGAUAAGGAUUUCCCAGUGAUCUGGGAUAAGUUGGUGAGUCUGACAUCAGCAAUGUGCUGGAAGCUCAUUGCUCGAAAAGUUCAAACUGCUGUAUGGAUUAAACAGGAAGACGAUGCUUGCCUCCAGCAAAAUGCCGAGGAAAAACUCAUAGAUAUCUGUGAUUCAGUUGAUGAUUUAAAAUCUUCAUGGAAUACGCCAUUAAGAAGCUGUAUAACAACCCAUGCACAGACAGCUUCCCAAAAUUUACCUCCUAGGCCUCAACGCCUUUCAGUAUAUUCGCAGAGUCUUGGCAGAAUAGGUAUUAGUGUUGAGGUAUUCACGGAAGAUUCCCAAUUUUGGCAAGAUCAAGUCCGUAAUUAUUGGAAGCUGAUGAAUGUGAAGGGGACAGAGAUAAGAAACGUCAUGGAUAUGAACGCAUAUCUAGGAGGUUUCUCUGCCGCUUUAAGCAAAAGGCCUGUUUGGGUGAUGAAUGUGGUUCCUAUGACCAUGAAUAAUACUUUGUCCGCAAUUUAUGACCGUGGAUUGUUGGGUGUCUUCCAUGACUGGUGUGAGCCAUUCUCCACGUAUCCACGUACUUAUGAUUUACUGCAUGCGAACCAUCUACUCAGUCACUAUAAGAACCAUGGAGAAAGCUGUAAAGUAGAAGAUAUAAUGCUGGAGAUGGAUCGUAUGCUACGCCCUCAGGGAUUUGUGAUUAUUAGGGACGAUGAAUCAAUCACAUCGAGGAUACGUAAUUUAGCUCCGAAGUUCUUGUGGGAAGUUGAAUCACACAGUCUGCAGAACAAGGCGAAGAAGGAUGAAACUGUGUUGAUCUGCAGGAAGAAAUUUUGGUCCAUUGUUUGAGGUGAACGUUCUUCGACGACUAGACCUGCCAGCUUACUAUCUAUACACGGUACAUCUUGAGAAUUUUAGCAAUAGGACAGGUUUGGCCGGCAAUUAGUUUCUGUUCUCAGUUUCCUUUUCUCUGCCCUGGUAUGUCCAUAAUCCUUUUGUGUAGUAUGCAACUCUGUAGAGUAAAACAGUUGAGCUGAUGUAUAAGUAAUCUGCUUAGAGCUUAGGCAAUACCACUUCUUUUAACUGCACAACUGUCUGCUGGUUUUUGUAUGUCUAAAGAGCUCGACUUACUAAUGUUAUCAUGUUCAUUAUUUAAGCCCAAGUUUGGUUAAAGGAUUAUUCUUUUCUGGACAAUGUCUUGGUUAAAAUCCUAAAUGACUCACUUCAGCCAUACUGUCUGUGGUUCUCUAUGUAAAGUAUAUGAACAUAUCAAUCCUUAAUCUUUUGAUUAACAUCGUUCAUCAUACCAACACUAAUGCACUAGGUUCUACCUUAACUUGGGAAUUAUAAUGUGUUUAACGAGUAGUACUCCUAGAAUUACAAACAGUUAGUCUGGAAUUCGUGGACUGAGCUCACUUUUGGAUCAUCUUCUGUGUUGACAAGAUUGGUCCAAGGGUUUGCCUUUCAAAAAUUGCCAGGGAAGUUGAGCUAAGCUGCUAUUGGUUACGGUUAAUGCCCUGGUUAUGUAGCUUUUCUGGACAAUGUCCUGGUUAUUUAGCUUCUUGUUUCGUAGGGAUGACAAUGGCUUACUCAAGUUCAUAUUCACAUACCCUUUUGUGUAUUUAUGGAUAUCCACGGGUAAUACGUUUUUACCCUUUAUCAUUUUUCGCUUGUAAAGUCAUUUCUAAUUUUGAUCGUAAUGGGACUAGUUCAAAGUGGAUGCUGAAAAAUCAACACCGUUGUGAAGUGUAUCCAUGAUCAAGUUUGACCGAAACUCACCGUAUAUUCACCCGAUUCAAAUUUUACCCUAUCUGAUCGAUCCGGGGGGGAAAUUUUGAAGUUUGUUCUACAUGGGAUAACAUAUUUGUGUCAUCCCACGACUAUUACCUUUUGGUUUUUAAAGUUUAGACCGUGUCAAAGUGUGUAGUAGUAGCAGCAUGUAGGUAGGGGUAAAAAGCUGAGCAUUUACACACCUGUCUGAAAGGUGAAAAAAGAAAGUUAAGAGAAAGGACCAAGCAAAGAAGUAAGGCAGAGGUUGAAACUGAAGUUAAAACUGUGACUCCACAGUCUAGAGUUGCACAUCUUUUUAACUUAUUUUAACAUCCCCACACCCUGCAAUAAAACAAAAACCUACCACUGCAGAUGCUCUCUCUCUCUCUGUCCACAAUAAAUUUGCAGACCUGAUCUCUUAUCUUCAGAGAUGGAUCAAUUCAAUGUCAGGCAAGCAAACUCCUGCUACUGGCUGCUCACAGGCAAAAGGAAUGAGAGACACAUCAAAUUAUAUAUAAACAAUUGAGUAAAAUAAAAGUGCAGAUGUGAAAGGAGGGGGGAAAGAGAGCAGAUGUUGAAAGAUUGAUCAAUGACACUACUACUGCUUCUCUUCUGUGCAUUGAAUCAUUAACUUUGCUGAUAAUUUUCAUUUUCUCUUCUUCAGCUAGGGUUGUGUGCAUGGGGUUUUCUUUUUGCAUGUGGGAGUCAGUGCCAUUUUUGCUCAUAAUGAAACUAGCAGUGCUGGCUGGUGCAACAAUGCAGAUGCAGGGCAACCAUGGUUUCACGGUUUAGGGAAGAAAACAGACGAUUAAGCACAGUAUGUUUUGAGCAUGUUGUUAGGGACUUGCCCUUUCUGGGUGCUCUCCAAUGGGUCCAAAGUUCCAAGCUUUUGUAAGCCCUAAUGUCAUGUGUAUAUUUCAGAGGCCAUCUCUGGUGUGGGUUCUUCUCUGCUCUGUAAAUUGCAGCAGAUUUGACUUGUCAGUUCAGACUUUGAUCAUCAGAUUUCAAAAUGCAUGCAUGUUUUUUUUUUUCUCUCUUCCCUUUUGCUUUGGUUUGGGGGAGCAUUCAAUGCUCUGGGAUAUGAAUGUAAAUUUAGUACAUGGUAAGUCGUAGCACUUGCAUUGAAUUGUACUAAAUUAUGUUGCACCAAUCGGGAUAACUAAUAUCGUACUAAAUAUAAGAAGUGCUGAUGACAACAAUUUGAUGAUCUUAUGCAUCAACAAUGAAAGGAAUGUGUAGAUGACUCGUAGGUUUAUUUAACUAACUAAUCCAUGGAGUUUGGGAUAUAUAUAUGAGUACAUGUGUUAAGGUGAUUAGACUAAUAUCCAUAAUAGAUCCAAGUGGGAUUUUUCCAAACAUAGAUACAUCAGACAGUACAAUUUCUGGCUAUAACUGUGCAUGUCCCAACUGGCAAUUACAUAUAUGAUCCAAAUAUAAUGGACAAAUUGAAAAGAAUAGAAGAAAGAUGGGUCCUUGAUACACUAUUUCCUCUCUCAACUCUUCAGCAAAAUGCGGGACACGAAGAAAAAAAUUCAGAUCGAUCUCAUUGUUUUCGCUUUCUAUGAACUACAAGAUCACUUCAAAAAGAUGUUAUUGAUAUUCAGGGUCGCAGAUUGACGUAUAUUGACUUGUUGUGGCACUCUACUAUAUCCCGUUAUUAAGUUGAUUAUUCAAAUUAACACAAACAGUUUGUUAUAUCUACGUUAUAGUCAUUCAUCAUAUAUACUUAUUCUAUUGUGAUUUUCAGGGUUCAGAUCACACAUGUUUUUCAUCAGAGUAACUAAAUGUUCUGUGUAUGUAACAUUUUUUUAUCGAUUUAAAUCGCCAUUUUGCACCGUUCCAUAAGAGGGUGGUUUCAAAGUAGAUAAACAUAAAUUAAGAAAAAAUUAUUAAUCAAAUCAGGACAGAGAGAGAGGGAUUUGCAUGAAAAUGAAGUCCAACCAUAUUA